GCUCAGGCAGAGUGGUUUGUCAUAGCCUUUGCUUGGCACUCUACGUUGGCUUGCCAGUAGACACGUUCGCAUACAGUAUGCUGUAAAUGCACGCACAAACCACUUACACCGUCAGAAUCUGAUAUGACAGGGAAGCGCUAGGCAGCGGUCAAGCUGCAGUUUACAGUAUCGGGAAAGCGUACUGGUUGGCUAGGAGUAAGAGUGGAUUCAUGAAAGAGCAGAGCUCGCUGCUCUACUUCUGCAGGUGACAAAACUUCGGAUGGUUGACUUGGUCGAGACGCGGUAGACGACAAGGUGACGGUUCACCCCGUGAUCGGUAACACCUCCUUGAUCCACUCGCCGGUCCGCAUUUCCGAUGACCUGAAACUCCCGCGGGGCUAUCGUUCGGAGACGGUGCUGGCCGAGUGAGUGCGGGGGCUGUAACGCGAAUCCGACCUGUCUGCUAUACCGCCUUUGGCGCGUUUUCCGCUUUCGCGCUGUUGACUGUUGCAGACGGGCGUGCAAGGCCGGCGGAGGUUCUGCAUGUCUCCUUGUUGCCCGCACUUCAGCGCAGCGAGGUUGAACCGACUUGUUGGACACGUCUAGAGAAUAGAGCCCUGCCAGAACCGCAAGAGACAAUGAUUGGGGCUCGACCUCUUCGAUGGCAGUUCGUCUUUCUUGCAGUAUUGCUGCUUGCUGGACAGGCUUGGUCGCUAGCUCCGCGAAACGACAACCAAGGCGAAGAUCAUGAAACAGCCCAUUCCAAUGGUACAGAUGUAUUACAUGUGAAGAUGGCACACAGUAACUGGACGCUGUCUUCUGAGUACUACAGUGUGGUUGCAUUCAAAGGUGACAACAUGACUUUCACCUGCAAGCUGCCGUGGGACAAGAGGCCGCACGCGUACACAAUACUCAUGGAGUCGCAGGAUGGCGAGAAUCUCGCCCGACCCUCGUACGGCCUCAUCGAUAAGAACACUAACAAAGUCAUUGUCGGCGCCACCAUACCAGCCCGUCUGCAGACAAAGUUGUACGUCUGCAAAUGGCAAAUCGCUCGCUCCGACAAAACAACAGAGAACGAUGCGUUCGUCGACGCAGAGGCCCAUGAGAGAAUUAUGCCAGUCCGCGUCGUUCACCGGCCGAGGAUGAGUGUCAUCGUUUCCCCACACCAACACACCGCAUGGCUACCCAGUCAUGGAGUGCUGCUAGUGCGCCCCGACACUCGCGGGUCGGUGUUCUGUAGCGUGGUGUCAGGGCACGGCUACAGCGUGAUCGCCACCCUGGACGGGACAACACAGAACUGCAGCCGUGCAGCAGCGGCGGAGAUACCCGAGAGCUGCAAUGGCACCCUGGCAGGCUCCGGGGAUCCAGCGACCGACACACUGCCAACCAGAAGGGUCCUGUGUUCGGUACCGGUACGCAUAGGCACGUUGCAGUGCUCCGUGGACUAUGGCAAGGCCACGGCCAGUGCUGCUGUCAUCAGCAUGUUGCCGUACAGUGUUCCAGAAGGAGUGUGGAGAAUGUCACGGACGCACGGGAAUACCAUGGAUGCUAUGGACACUGCACAGGUUAAUGCCGUGAAGAACGCUCCACUGGUACUCAGAGCCAAGUUCUACGUCCAACCAGGACGCAUGUACGGCAUUGAAAUCGACAAGUUAAUCGGCGAUGGCAAUGACUUCGAUUCAAGUUAUGGAAACUACUAUGAGAAAAGCUCAGCAACAAAUGUUCUGUUGGUUGCACAUACAAUAACUAAGUCAACAACAGACGCAGACUCUGGACGCUACAGAAUUUUCAUCAGCCUAACAAAAAGCUUUUGGGAUAGACAUGAUACAGUUGUUGAAGUUCGUGUUGUUUCGAGACCAGACAUGAAAGUGUUCUUACCGGCAGCAAAGGUGCUCCAACGAGAGGUUGGCGGUGUGCGAACAUAUUUCGUUCCACCCAACGUUGGCAGUUCAGCCGUGCUGCUUUGCAACAUGCGCGCUGGCAAUGCCACAGACAUUGAACUAUGGCGGGAGAAUACUCCCAUCAAGGAGUAUCUGACCCAGCGGGAACUGGCAGCAGUACGUAACACAACAUGUACCGACUGCCUGGCACAGUCCGCUGUCGUGUCCGUGCAAGGCCCUGAGGAUGGCAUCAACGGCUCCACGUACGCCUGCCGUGUGCGACAGCACGGCACCCUCUUCCAAGCGUCAGUGAAGCUUAUUCAACUCUACCCGCAGACAAUUACCAGCAACAAGCAACAGCUUCUAGUGGAGUCCAACACCACAGUGAUCCUAGCUGAUGUGGCCAUAACAGGCUUUCCCCUGCCCGAGGUUCAAGUGACGCUGCCAAAUACACUGCCAAUCGGCGAUGGAAUCGACUCCACAUAUCGUCUUCACCCAGACUCACAGUCCAAUAUCAGCGUUCGCCUGGAUAACUACUCAACGAUCCUUCUGGAGUACACCGUGAGCAAGAGUGUCCUGUAUACAGCAACGGUGACGGGAAAGCUCGUCUCACCGCUGGGAACACCGUCUGAUGGUGAUCACCUGGCUGGCAACUACACAUUUAGCAUUCUCAAUCGUGUUCUCGGCAACGGGCCUAGUCAGGUGGUGAUCGCACUCGAAACAGAAACAUUCAUAGUUCACGAGAACGUUUCUAUUGGUGUUGACCGGCUAUCCAGCAGAUCAAUUCGAUGUGAGUUGAGUCAUGAAGUCUACUGGCCAGUCACUUGGAAAUGGUUCACGAAUGGAAGCAGUGCACUUGAAGAACCUAGCGAGCAACCCCUCCUGACCAGCCACGGGUUGUCGUCACUGCUCCAGCUCUCGCACAAACAAGUGUAUGACCUUCGCGAGGCCCAGGGCAGCGUGCUGUGCCGAUCUCAGUGGAGAGACUGGAAUGACAGAAUGAGAGACGCUGAGGCCGUGGCUUUCGUACCUACAGAGGAGGAGCCUUCGUCGGAUCCAAACAUCACUCUAGGCGUGCGGCUGAACCACACCGACGAUGGUCUCGUCAUGCACUGCUACUUGGAUGCACGACUGCCAGCAGCAGAUAGUGGUGACGUGCAGUGGCGCUGGAGGAGCACGGCCAGUGAGGUGGUGAGUGCAGGCCUGCGCUGGUCCAGCACGCUGUUCGUGUCCACCACACAGCUCAACGUGCUCCUGGCGCUCUCGCGUAACGUCACCUGCUCGGUGUCCUGGCUGGACACUGAUGGAUUCCGACACAGGAGAACAAAGAUUGCCUAUCACCCCACAGAAAAAGUCCACGAGCCAGAAAGCCUAAUGUCCUGGCAGAACAUCUCCAAGUCCACCGCAAUCGGCCUGGGUGCCGGCAUUCCAGUGGUGUUGAUACUUGUGUACGUUGUCUGGUACAACUGGCGGCGCAUUACUCCGUACCUGAAGUCCUACCAAUCCGUGUUCAGCAUGAAUCACCUCAAGGAGCUGAGCAUCGGAUCAACAUCGCGUGUCUUCUACGUGAUCAUCAAGACAAUGGUGAAUGGCAAGGUGAUGCUGGAAGAGCCGGCUGUACUCGUCGUCUCUAAAGAUGAUCCUGACUGGGGAAGCGGUGGGUUUUUCGGCCCGUUUUCCCCGGCACACGGACGAACGCCGACAACACCGUCAGCCCCACCGCCAGUGGCACCACGGCCAAAGUCGCUCGCGCUGGCUACGUCUCCAAUGUCUCCAAUGUCCACGACGUCGGCACGGACACCUGUUUCGCCGCGGCCCGACCCGCACCGCACCUACUACGAAGUCAUGCUGCUGCUACAGGAGAACGACGCUGGGCACAGGAACGUCAUCAAGAUGAUAGUCAAAUAUAGCAGCCUGAUGCAGCACGAUUCGGAGUUCAACGGUCGGCUUGUCUUGGAGUACGCACCACACGGCACUCUGCUCGACUACCUCAAGUCCAGGGUUGUGACGAAGAAGCACCACUGUCAUGGUUACAUCGACUGUUUGUGCAUCGGUGGACGCGAACUGCCGUUCCGAUCCGCCACACCGAGCAGCUUGACAGUUACCGAAUCAUCGCGGCCUCCAUCGGUGACUAGCAUUGAUACGGUGCAGGAACAGCGGGAACACCUCACGCCAUACAUGCUUUACGACUUUGUCAAUCAGCUGGCGGAGGGCAUGAAGUUUGUGCGCAACAAAGGGGUGGUUCAUGGUGAUCUGGCAUCAAGGAAUAUACUGAUAGGGCAGGGCGGUGUGCUGAAGAUCUGCGAUUUCGGUCACUCCUGGUCGGCCACGAUCGAUCGGCGGCCACCAUCCACGCCUGUUCGAUACGCGCCUAUUGAGCGUCUGAUCAGCCCACCCACGCUUUGCGUCCAAAAUGAUAUCUGGUCAUUUGGUGUAGUGAUCUGGGAAAUGUGUACUCUAGGGAAAGACCCGUAUGAGAGCCACGCCAAUGGUGAUAUCCUCCAGCAUCUUCUGCAAGGAAACCGUCUACCGUGUCCGCGGCACUGCAGCGAAGCCGUGUUCGCUGUUAUGGAGAAUUGCUGGCGUACUGAGCCGGAGCAGCGAUGCACGUAUGAAGAAAUUCAAGACAAAUUCGAGAAUAUUCCCCAUGAUCCCUAUGAUGGUUACUUGCAGACUAUACCAGGCACGGAAGCACCGCGGUCGCAGACUGGCUAUGUUCCAGUGGAAGACGCGUUCGAGGAGAUCACAUCAGAACACGACACAGCCAGUGAGAGCAGGAGUGCCCGCAGCGACGACGACGGAGAUGACGCUGACAGCGCUAGCGACCCGGAGGACACAACACCGCAGAUAAUCGUAUCGAGUAGGCUAAUGCAGAGCUUGGUCAGGCCUAUGAGUGCAUCCAACCCAGCACUACACCAACCACACAUGGAGUCUAGUAGCGUGGAAUGCUCCGUUGUGCACAAGUCCUGCGAUGCCAUCUGCGUGGAGGCAGUGUGCGAUAUCUCAAAGGAAUCGUGUCAGCGAAGCAGCUCCGCCGCACUCUCAGAUGCGGACUAUGCGCUUGCAUGUGACCAUGUUAGUAUGGCAGCAGGCUGCCAAGCAGAGGCAGAGGCUGUCGCGUCAAGCGACAGUGAAGAAGGGCAUGGUGAACGGCACAGCGAGGCAGGGUUUUACAGUGUCGACGAGGAGUAAGAGUAGCAAUGAUGAACACACCAAUACAUGAAGGUUGCACCGAGGACAACAUCACAUGGCAUGCGCACAGUGCAUCUCAGAAGUGUGCCAAGCAUGGCAUGUGCACAGUGCAUCUCAGAAGUGUGCCACCACACAUGGGCGGCUAGUAUUGACACUGAACCAGGAGAUGUACACCGUGCUGUCUGUGGCCCCGUCACACUGGUUUGAUCAUCCACUACGACCGCAAGCAACAAUAUUCUAGCACAGGACUCUAUUAUGAGUAUUACCCAACGGCUUCCACUACGUGUGCCAGGCUACGUGCAAUUACAACAACUCUUAGGGCAGAUCUAUACUAUGAACAGCAAGUCAUUCAUCAGCUAUGUGAUUUCUUGAUUCGAAACUUGUCUUAAAUUAGCUUUAAAAGAUGCACUGCCGUUUUGUCAAAACUUGAGAAUUCUCUAGGAUCUGCUUCAUAUACAUGCUAGCAAUAUGUUUCUUCAACUUGGUUUCGGUGAGAUUCAACCAUCAUUAGAUUAGGACAAUAGGAUUAUCAAUUUUCGUCCUCCAUUCUCACGAGAAUAAAUUUAGGAUGCUGUUAUGAGUGUUAUCACAAUUUAAUUUUAUUCACAUAUUGGAUUUUUUCACUUCCGAA